CAAAGUCUCGAUUCGACAGCCGUCCUCUUCUUCCCCCACAGUUUCUGUCACUUCCUAUCUUCUCAACCUCUCCCUACGCAUCGCAGCUCCUUGCGUACGUUGUUUGAUCCCUUGGAUUUCUCUACUACAUAAUAUCCCUGGUAUAUUCGAACAGUCACAAUGGUUGCAGACGCACUGGUUUAUCACCCGGUUAUUGCGCAUUAUGUGCGCUUCCUCGCGACCUCAGUCGGCCGCGAUAAGGUGAUGCGGACAAUUCAGUUCUUCGCCCGAUUCUACUCAUGGUACCUCUUCCGGACGAACCGCCCGCAGACCGCGAUCGCACCGUACGAUGCCCUGAAGAAGGAGCUGGGCAAGACCCGCAAGCUGAUCCGGGUGGGCAAGUUUGUCGAGCACAUCAAGGCCGCCUCACUGGCCAUGGACAACAAGGGACCCGUCGACCCGGUUCUGAGGUAUCUGGCUGUAGGCCGCCAGCUGGGGUACGCAGGAUACCUCGUCAUCGACACGUACACGGUGGUCGACACGAUCGGGGUGCGCAAGCUCGCCGCCAUCAAACGGCUGCAGGAUACCGCCCAGCGGGCCUGGAUGGCUGGGUUACUGUGUAGCGCGAUGGCUGGGUUCUACACGCUCUGGAAUCUGCAAGGGAAAGAAAAGACCCUCGACCUCAAGGAGGGCGAGGGUGUGGUUGAGGCGAAGAAGAUCGAACGAGAACGUGCCGCCGCCCGGAUCCAACUCGUCUCCGACCUCUGCGACUUGGCCAUGCCCAUCUCCGCGCUUGGAUUCGCCAACCUGGACGAAGGCUUGAUCGGUCUUACGGGAAUAGUGAGCAGUUUGAUCGGCCUGUCGUCGCAAUGGAAGCGGACUGCCUAGACCUACCCUGUACGGGAGUACUAUGCAAAGCCUGGUGCUUGAGAGCAUGGUGUAGUCUUAUUAAUUCACCGGUGCCAAACACCGAUCUUUCUUAUAGGAAUAAAUAUUAGCAUGAGUACAGUACAGCUAGCUGCCUG